CGGGCGCUGAGGCGCGGCCGGUCCCGGUUGUGCUCCCGGGCCCCGGCACGGCCGGUCCCGGCGGCUCCCGGGCGCCGCCGGCGGGGACGGGGCGCUGCGGUGCCGUUGGAGUAUUUACCGGAGCGGGCAAUGGGUUCCCGGGUGCAAGCGGCAUCCCGGUGCCGUGACUCGGGCCCCGCCUUCGGCGAGGUGUCCCCGGAGGUGAUCGAGGCUGUGCUGGUCCGCCUGGCCACGGAGAACGAGCGGCACCUGAGCGAGCUGCCCGAGGGGGCCGGGUGCUUCAAGGAGGCGCAGAUCGUGGAGUUCGUGUUCCUCCUGUCCGAAAAGUGGCGCCUGGACCAGGCGGUGAGGUACCAGGCGGUGGAGUUACUCGAAAGGUUUCUGAUCAAGCAGGUGGAACAAAUCUCUAAGGCCUCUGGAAAGAGCACGAAAGCCCGUGAGCAGGGGGGAGGCAGCAGCCGGAGCUCUCUGGAAGAUCAGAUCUGCAACACGUUUGUCCUGCGGCUCGUGUCGUGCGUUCAGCUCGCGAGCAAACUGUCCCUGCACUACAACAGAGUUAACAGUGACACAGCUUUGAAGUUUCUGCAGUCCCUGAAGUACUCGUACACGAAACAGGAGCUGCUCGAGUCGGAACUUGCUGUUCUGAAAACUCUGCACUUCCAGGUCAACGUCUCGACUCCUUUGGCUUACGUGGAAUUGCUCCUGGAGGUCCUGGGGUACAACGGCUGCUUGCUUCCCACCAAGCCCUUACAUCAGAUGUGCAUUCAGCUCCUCGACUUCUCCUACCUUGCCCGAGAUGCCAUCUACGACACUCUGUUGAAGAUCGCCGUCGAAAACUCCACACCAAGCAAUCUGCAAGUAGCAAAGUUUUUGACAGUGAAGGAAGAUUUCAUGCUCUUGGCUGUUGGAAUCAUCAGCACAAGCAUGUUCGUGCUAAACCCUGGGUACUGGCAGCAGGUUGUGGAGCAUUUGAACUCCAUCACUGGCAUCACUUCCCAAAGCAUACUAGAAUUUUCUUACGCGCUCCUGAAGCAGAUCAUUGGCAGCACCCCUCCGAGGCAGCGCUACAGGAGCUGUGGAACAAAAGCUCUGGAGCACAGAAUUGGGCCUCUUCAGUAGAGCUGCCUGCCCCGGGGCAGCAAAGCACUGCCACUGCCCAGAGCACCCCACGCAGCUGGGGUUUGCUUUUCAACACCAGCGUUAGUUAGAAAAGCUCCUUUCAGGCAACCCCCCAGUGCUGUGAAGGGAGGCAUCGGGAGCCAAGUGGCAUGUAGAAAUAACCUCUUUGGGCAGACAAAGCUUUAUUGUAAGACCUACAUCAGCUUAGGUAUGAAUAGAAGUUUCCUUGAGUAAGGAGAGAGCUCUGAGGAGUCAUGCUCUGACAGGCAGUGAGGUGCAUGGUGUGGUCAUGGCACCAGGAGCAGCUCACAAGCCCAUUACACAGGGCUGUACUUUCUAGUUGCUGCUGCUUUAAAACUAACUCCUGUCUCAAGCAGCCGGGAUGUUCCCGUGUCCCCCCUCUGCCCCCACCCCAGCAGGCAGCUGCCCACCCGUGUGGUCAAAGGGACGACCCCCCACCUUGGAAAGCGACUGUCGCGAUAGCAGAGGCGUGCCCGGCCCAUGUCAUGUGGAAGCACUCUCCGUGUAGAACAGUGUUUUAUUAUUGACUGGGCGCACCUCGAGGCGAGGAGAGGCUGCAGGAAGCAUCACAAACACCAGCACCAGCACAGCUAACAGCACUGGAGGCAGUAUCAAACCUUGCUACGUUCAGCGGCACAAAGCGCUGACAUGACUUAGAAUCCUUUAUUUCAGAGGGCAGUUCCCGUGAGCUCCUCCACGUUCCUCUCUGUGUUUGUCACAUUUCACUUCUCUAACCUGUGUUCAGCUCUAACAGUGGUAUUGAACUCACCCCUCUUUGAAGUUCAGCAGUGAUUUCGAUCUACAAACCUCAAAGUACCAGUUUAGCAUUGAUUUAAUAGCUGACUUUUUAUUCGGUUCAGCUCCAUGACAGAACUUUACAUAUUGCUUUUCUAUCUACUACUUGUAAUAAUGGUCGUUUCAAUAAAGUGUCUCGUGGAUUUUUGGUAUUGUAAA